AAUUUCAUUUCUUGUCACAGUGAACAAAUAUGAUAAUACUUAAUAGAACUUAUCCAAAAUAUCGUACCAUUCCAAAAACAAUCAGCUCAACAAACGCAGCCCCGCCAAAACAAAUAGAAGCAUCGUCUCACGCCAUUGAACAAAGCUCAGCAUCUCUCUCUACGUCUUCAAUGGAAUCUUCUUUCUUCUCUCACAUGAGAGCUGCUGCGAACUCAUUCUUAUCCGAGUACGAGCCUCUGAAUCUGCUUCUCGCUCCUCUUCUCGCUCUCCUCAUCGCUCGCAUACUUCAAUGCUUCGUUGACGUCGUCAAUGAGAAAGGACUCAAGGCCACAAUUCUAGGGUUUCUCAUCACCUCCGUCAAGUUGGUUCCUGGUGUGAAGAGGUACAUCGAUGCCGAGAAGCAAAAGGUUGUUGAUAAGUUGCAAUCUGGUAGUAAAUCUAAAAGAGAUGGUUGGAGUACAGAGUUGCCAAGGACAGGAUUGGGAGAAGGAGUCAUAGAGAAAAUGAAAGAAGAGAAAAGAAAUGAUGUGGUUUGGCAAGGCAAAUGCUCCGGUACAGUUUACAUUGGAGGAAGUGAAUCAGAAGGACAUUUUUCUUUGAUAAAUGAGGCGUGUUCCAUGUUUGCACAUACGAACCCAUUGCAUAUGGAUGUAUUCCAAAGUGUAGUUCGAUUUGAGGUGGAAGUUGUGGCCAUGACGGCUGCAUUACUUGGCAGUAAAGAAAAGGCUUCUGGGGGACAGAUUUGUGGAAACAUGACUUCCGGAGGAACUGAAAGUAUAUUAUUAGCUGUGAAAACAUCACGUGACUAUAUGAAAGCAAAGAGGGGAAUCACAAGGCCAGAAAUGAUAAUACCUGAAUCUGCACACUCAGCAUAUGACAAGGCGGCACAAUAUUUUAACAUCAAACUUUUGCGUGUUCCUGUAAAUAAAGAAUUUCAAGCAGAUGUCAAAGGGAUUAGACGGCGUAUUAACAAAAACACCAUUUUGAUAGUUGGCUCUGCACCUGGGUUCCCACAUGGCAUCAUCGACCCCAUUGAGGAGCUUGGUGAAUUGGCUUCUAGUUUUGGAAUUUGUUUUCAUGUUGAUCUUUGUCUUGGAGGCUUUGUAUUGCCUUUCGCUCGUAAACUUGGGUACCCAAUUCCACCUUUCGAUUUUUCUGUGGAAGGAGUGACCUCAAUAUCAGUCGAUGUGCACAAAUAUGGGCUGGCUCCCAAAGGAACAAGUGUAGUUUUAUAUAGAAAUCAUGACAUCAGAAAGCAUCAAUUUGUUGCUGUUACUGAAUGGUCGGGUGGGCUUUACGUUUCUCCAACAAUAGCUGGAAGCAGGCCUGGUGCUUUGAUUGCUGGGGCUUGGGCAGCAAUGAUUUCUUUAGGACAAGAAGGAUAUUUGAAUAACACAAGAGAGACCAUGGAAGUAUCAAAAAAAUUACAGAGAGGAAUAAAGGAUAUUCCCGAGUUAUUUGUCAUUGGAAGGCCAGACAUGACAAUUGUGGCAUUUGGAUCUAAUGUCGUAGACAUAUUCGAAGUCAAUGACAUAUUGUCAUCCAAAGGCUGGCAUUUGAAUGCAUUGCAGAGACCCAACAGCAUUCACAUCUGUCUGACCCUUCAACAUGUUACCAUCCUUGAGGACUUCCUCAAGGAUCUGAAGGAAUCUGUCCAAACUGUAAAACAAAACCCAGGUCCAAUCAAUGGAGGACUUGCUCCGAUAUAUGGUGCAGCAGGGAAGAUGCCCGACAGGGGAAUGGUUGGGGAGUUGCUGGUAAAUUUCAUGGACGGUACAUGCUAGUGGCAUUAGCAUUCACUGUACUCCACAACUGGUGGUAAUUUCAAUCAAUUUGGGCUGUUGAGAGUCACUGUACUCUCUGGAUGUGGUUCUGUUUGUUUCCCGUGAUUCUGUUGUAAAAGAACUCUUAUCAACUCAUAAAAUAAAUGAGCCACCCCUAUUUGAUUUUCUUCAA